GUUCACCAGUCAAACAUUCAACAUGAAGCCAAUUGUCUCCUUUUUGGUGGUGGUUCUGAUCCUGUCUCUGGGACCUGCGAGCGGAGUUCCAUUUCGCGGGUACGAUGAGCGCCAACUUUACCAAUCGCAAAGAAUGAUGCCAUUGUCCAAAAAUUUGACACUUCACGAGCGUAUUGAAUUUAGCGACGAUUGUCAGGCAAUUGGAACGGAUUGCCAAUUGGCGGAACAGUGCUGCACCAAAGUAUGUCUCGUGAUGACCAUGCGAUGUUCUAUUCCUUAAUAACUUUAAACCCUCUUAACAACAACAAGAGAUUU